AUGGAAGGCAGCUUCAACCAUCAUCUGAUGGUCAAGACAACUCCCAGAGCAGAGAAGGAAGGUCAAGGAGGUCAAGGUGGCACCUCAUCCAAUGUAAAUAAGAAGAGGAAGCGACCAUGGGAUAACCGCAAGAAUAAGAGGGGCGGUAAAGCACCGAAAGGCAAGGAGUGUCCCAAGUGUGGGAAGAAUCACGGUGACAGACCGUGCAUGGCUGGGCAGAAUGUUUGCUAUACCUGUGGCAAACCUGGACAUUUCUCAAGAGAGUGCCCACAGAACACUAAGCAGGCAAGACCACGCACCCAGGGCUGA